AUGCCUAAAGUCACUGCCCUGCAAGAGAUUAAGAAUUUCAAAACCUUCAGCUUAGAGCAACUGGAAGAAUCCCUCAUGACCUAUGAGAUGCAACUAGAGUCUCACACAAAUGAUGAUGUAAGAAUAAAGGAUAAAGGUAUAGCUCUAAAAGCUCAAUGCAAGGAGGUUAAUGAUGAUUCAGAUGAUGACAAAGAAAUCAUUAUGCUUAUGCGAAAAUUCAAAAAAUACUUCAAGAACCCAAAAUACAAUGGAAGCUCAAGCAACAAGCAGGGUCUGGCCUACUUCUGCGAGGCUUUGAAGUCUCUUGUAGAGUCAUGGAUGAUGAACAAUUUUAGAAUGGACAACAUCAGCAAUUCUGAGUUACUAUCAUGCAAGGAUAACACCAAUAUGAAGCAACUAGGUGAAACUAUGUUGGCCACACUUGAUUGUUUGAUUAAGAUUGCAAAUGAGAUGUUUGAUAUCAUGGAAGAAGAUGAACCAAAGAAAGAGUUCAGUCCACGACCAAGCUCGUUUGGAAAAGUUAUAUCAAGCUCCUCCUCCUCCAAUUCAGAUAGCAGCUUCCCUUGCAGCUCUUGUCCUGUCACACCAAAAUCAGUGCAGGUGGGAGCUGCUGCCCCACCACCACCUCCACUUGGAGCUGGGAGAUCCUUGCGGUCCAAAGCAACCACUAAACUGAAAAGGUCAACACAAUUGAGCAACCUGUAUCGAACUCUCAAGGGAAAAGUGGAAGGAUCAAGCCUUAAAGGCAAGUCAUGUGGUGUGAGAACCAGUGCAGGUGGAGCAGGAAGCACUGGAGCAAAACAAGGAAUGGCUGAUGCUCUAGCUGAGAUGAAAAAAAGAUCACCUUACUUCCAACAAAUAGAACAGGAUGUUCAAAAGUACACACAACAGAUCAUAGAACUGAGAUCUGCUAUUUCCAAUUUCAAGACAAAGGAAAUGACAGAACUAAUCAAGUUCCAUAAAGAUGUUGAUUCAGUACUUGAGAAUCUAACUGAUGAAUCACAGGUGCUAUCACGUUUUGAAGGUUUCCCCAAGAAGAAGUUAGAAGCUACAAGAAUGGCAGCAGCGCUCUACCAUAGGUUGGAUUCAAUACUUACUGAGCUUCAAAACUGGAAUAUAAUGACUCCUGUGGGUCAGCACCUUGACAAGGUUGAGCGUUAUUUCAAUAAGAUCAAAACAGAAUUAGAUGCUGUAGAGCGAACCAAAGAUGAAGAAUCCAAGAAAUUUAAGGGCCACAACAUCGAAUUUGACUUUUACAUCCUUGUAAAAAUCAAAGAAGCAAUGGUGGAUGUUUCCUCUAAUUGCAUGGAGUUGGCACUCAAGGAAAGGCGCAAUGAUGCUGCUAACAGAGAAUCAGGAUCAAACACUGAUGAUGGAAAAAGAAAAGAAUUUGCAAAGUUGCUUUGGAGGGCUUUCCAAUUCGCAUUUCGGGUUUAUACAUUUGCUGGUGGACAUGAUGAUCGUGCUGACAAUCUCACAAGAGAACUGGCUAAGGAAAUAGAUAGUGACCAGAACCACCCAUGA